AAGAUCAGGGUCCUUAUUCUUGAAAAAUAUCGCAUAAAUUGCCCCAGUUCUUGUCUGAACUGUCUAAACUGGUGCACAUUGAUACAAUAAAUUGGAGCGAGAUAAAUAUAUUUUGUUUCACUCUAACUUAUUGCAAUAGUCUGCACCAGCUCAGUUAAAAAGAACAAAUCUAAAGUGUGUCCUUUUUAGCUGCACUAUAAAUUGCACUUUCAGUACUUUAAGAGAGACAGAUAUAUGUACGUGAAGUGGACAGAAAAGAGACAGAAAAACGGCAACUCGCGAGCAAAGGCAUUUAAAAGGAGUCUGUCUCGUAGUGUGUCAAUCAGCUGAGACUGGGAGCAGCUGCAAGGGCCAAAAGUAAUUAGAGUGUCUCGGUUUUCUAAGUAGUUUUUCAAAUAAUUUGUCACUCACAUCGAAAGAUGAAUGACAUGGAGAGCUUGCGAAAGAGAAUCGCGGAGCUCGAACGCGAGCUGGAAGACAGAAAAAGUAAGGAAGCAGCGACCACAAGGUCAAAAAUCGAACAUAUGUCAGCGGAGGUGGUGGAUUCGAAUCCGUACAGUCGAUUGAUGGCACUGAAGCGUAUGGGUAUCGUAGACAAUUACGAGAAGAUCAGGGAAUUGUCGGUAGCUAUAGUCGGGAUCGGUGGCGUCGGUAGCGUGACAGCGGAGAUGUUGACGCGAUGUGGCAUCGGCAAGCUGAUAUUGUUUGAUUACGACAAUGUAGAACUCGCCAAUAUGAACAGGCUGUUCUUUCAACCGCAUCAAGCAGGCCAGAGCAAAGUGGAAGCUGCAGCAAACACCUUGCGAUACAUCAAUCCCGACGUGGAGAUUGAAACACGCAACUACAAUAUCACGACUGUCGAUCACUUUCAAGACUUCAUGGACACGAUAAAUACAGGCAAUUUGAAGGGAGACCCGGUUGAUUUGGUGUUGAGUUGCGUUGACAAUUUUGAAGCUCGUAUGGCAAUCAAUACCGCGUGCAACGAACUCAAUCAGACGUGGUUCGAGAGUGGCGUUUCUGAAAAUGCCGUGUCUGGUCACAUUCAGUUCAUCGUGCCCGGCGAAACGGCUUGUUUCGCGUGUGCUCCACCUCUGAUCGUCGCGUCCAGCAUCGACGAGAAGACUCUGAAGCGUGAAGGCGUAUGCGCCGCGUCGUUACCCACCACAAUGGGUAUAGUAGCAGGUUUCUUGGUGCAGAACGCUCUGAAGUAUCUGCUAAAGUUCGGACAAGUGUCUUACUACUUGGGUUACAAUGCUAUGGAGGACUUCUUCCCUAGAAUGACGCUCAAGCCGAAUCCGAAUUGCGACAAUAGGCGUUGCAAACAAUUGCAGCAGGAAUAUUUGGCAAAGCCGAAAAUUCAGCAGAAAGUAGAAAUUAAAGAAGAGAAACCGGUGCAUGAAGACAACGAGUGGGGAAUCUCAUUGGUACAAGACGGGCAGUCGGACGCACAAUCAUACGUAUGGACAGCUUCGGGUGUACGGCACGCAUACGCCGUGCCUACGCAGGCGUUCGACGCGGAGAGCGAGCAAACUGUUCCCGAAGCCUCGAGUUUAGAAGAACUGAUGGCAGAGAUGAAAUGCAUUUGAAGAUAAUUUAAUGUCGAGCCCGUCUGCACACAUUCCGUGCUUGAUAUAUUCGAAAUCUACAUCCAACUGUAUCAAGCAUAAAUUAUACUUGAUUUAUUAUAAACGCAACACUCUGUUAAGGAGAAUUCACAUCUUGGCAGAAAAGAAAAUAUUACCACCGUCGCGAAUUCUGAUUGGUUCCUGUUUUUUCUGUUUUCUGCCAAGAUUUUUAAUUCUCCUCUACAGUGUUUCCACUGACCAACAGUAUGUAAGAAUGAUAGCGAUGUUAUGUAAAAAAGCUAGAACUAAAUGUCAAAUUUUUCGAAGCA